UUUUCCCUCAUUUCUCCAUUCCCUUGAGAGUUUCUUACCUCAUCUAUUUUUUUUCCUUUUUUAUCUUUUUUAUCUUAAUCUUUUAUCCUUCUGAAACUCAAGGGGAAUGCUUCUCCCUUCCUUACCUGAUCUCAACAUUCAAGAUUGGAAGAAAAUGCUGAGACAUGUCUUAUUAGUUUGCUUGAUGAUCCAAUGCACUAUAGCUGAUACGGAAUAUAAAAAGGGUACUGCAGUUCCUCUUGCUAAGCGAACAUGGUUGACUCUACAUGGUGAUGAACCAGUAGUAGUUGCGAAUGGGGGAUUUUCGGGACUUUAUCCCUCACAAACAGAUAUAGCAUUUAGAAAUGUAUUUGGAAAGAAUGGUACUGUCUUCCUAUGUGAUCUUCAUAUGAGUCGCAAUGGACAUGGAUUUUGUCUCUCACAAUUAAACAUCCAGAAUACAACAAAUGCAGCUGAUGCUUUUCCUGAUCGUAGAAAAACCUACACUGUUAAUGGGAAAGAGCUUCAAGGAUGGUUUGCAUUGGACUUCACAAGUGAUGAGAUGUUUAGUAAAUUGCUUGUGACACAAUCGAUAUUCAGCAGGACAGAUUUAUUUGAUUUUUCAUCACCAUAUCCAACUGACCUAUUUUUAGAGGAAAACAAUAAUACUCAAGUGUGGAUCAAUGCUGAGUAUCCGGCAUUCUACAACCAGCACAAUCUGAGUUUAGUUGAUCAAAUUAAACAACUCUUGGAGGUAAAGAAGGACAUCUCUUACAUAUCGUCUCCAGAUAUUGGUUUCUUGAAAAGAAUGGGACCAGUUUUUCACGGUCUCAAAACGAAGCUAAUGUUCAAGUUUCCCAUUGAUAGAAGCACAGUUGAACCCACAACAAAUAAACGAUAUGCUUCACUAUUAACAAAGUUAUCAAUGAUCAAGAAAUUCGCUGCAGGAAUCGUUGUACCAAGAGAGUACAUAUGGCCCGUCAAUAGAGCUCGUCAUUUAAAGUCUAGUACCAAUCUAGUGGCUAAAGCUCAUAAACAAGGUGUUCAAGUGUUUGCUUAUGGAUUUGCAAAUGACAACUAUUUGCCUUACAAUUACAGUUAUGAUCCACAAAGAGAGUAUCUGCAAUUCGUUGACAACUCAAAGUUUGCUGUUGACGGUGUGGUCACCGACUUUGCUACGUCUGCAUCAACGGCUAUUGCUUGCUUGGCAGGGAGUCAGAACGCUUCAAGGAAAGUCCAUACUCUGAUCAUUACUGCAAAUGGAGCCAGUGGAGAUUAUCCAGGAUCAACAGAUCUUGCCUAUCAAAAAGCAGUAGACGAUGGAGCUGACAUAAUCGAUUGUUCUGUCCAAAUGACAAAAGACGGAGUUGCAUUCUGCUUGCCUUCAGUUGACCUCAUCUCAACCACCACUGCAUCCGGACCUUUCAUGAGUCGAGCGACUAAGGUUGAGGCACUCCAAUCCUCUAUGGGAAUUUUCUCUUUCGAUUUUACAUGGGAAGAAAUUCAGUCACUGAAACCUCAAAUGUUUAGUGAAUUUAACGGAGAAUUGGCAAGGGAUCCAGCACGCAAGAAUAUGGGCAAGUUUGUAACUCUCUCAGAUUUUUUGGAAUUCGCCAAGGGAAAAGCAGUUCCUGGAGUUCUCAUUAACAUAGAAAAUGCUGCCUUCCUUGCCGCCAACAAGGAUCUCGACAUUGUGGGUGCUGUAAUGAUUGCUUUGAGUAAUGCCACACUUGAUAAGCAAUCAACUAAGAAGGUUCUGAUCAUGUCAGGUGAAAGUUCAGUGCUAGACAAAUUCAAGGAUAUCCCGACUUACCAAAAAGUACUUCACAUUAAGAAGAAGGUUGAAUUUGUAACGAAUGAGACAGCAUUGGAAAUCAAGAAGCAUGCGGAUGCAGUAUUUUUACAUAAGCAUUCCUUAUACACACAAUUUCGAGGAGAGGGUUUUACUUUGAACUUGACCAACCUUAUUGAAUGUAUGCAUUGGGCCAAUAUUAGUGUCUAUGCUGGAACUGUUGUGAAUGAAUUCCAAGAUAUUUACAUGGAUUUUAACUCCGAUCCAUAUACGUUGAUCCAUAACCUCAUUUAUUAUGGUGCGGAUGGAAUUAUAACGCAGUACCCAAGCACAGCAAAUGCAUACACCAGGAACUUAUGCACCGGGAAUCAAGAGUCGUAUAGGAUACCAGACAUAAAUCCAGGUGAUGUGAUAACAUAUGCCCUCGAUCCAAAAGAAGUAGAAGAGUACAAGCCUCCCCCUCAAGAGUACUUGGAGACUAAAGACUUUGUUACUCCACCGCUACCUCCUGUAGCAGCAAUUGCCAAGAAAAAUGAUCAUGGAGGUUCUGCUUCCAACUCCAUUUUUUCCUUAUUGUGA